UAAUCGUUAAAGGACUAUAUUAUUUUGUACGUCGUAUAGUGUGAAAUAAAUGUUGGGAGUUAAGUAUUGGCAUGAAUGAUAAAUAGAAAAUAAAAUAAAAAAUUGAGUAAAGCUUCUAGUACGUCCUGAACUAUGAUUAAAUUUGCUACGACGCACUCCAAUUUCACGAGGGUCCUAGUACCACUCGAACUAAAUUUUAGCAUAUUUUUGUCGUCCUUUUUAGUGUAUUUUCCGAACCGGCACUAAACUUAUUUCAGAAUAGAUGUUUUGGCUAUAAAUAGAGACGCAUACGAAUUUUUAACAAACAAAAAAAUCGACGCCCUUGAAUGCGACCAGUUGUAGGUGUUUGAGGUACCGCUACACUUGCGACAUGUAUAUGUAUUUUAUCCUUAGAGAAAGUAAUCCAACAUAUCGAGUACAACGAUGAGAAUCAAUUCCUUAAGGAUACACAACUUUGAACACAUGAAAGAUCCUCAAUUUUUUACUUUACAUUGUCACAAUUCAUGUAAUGGAAGGGGAGCCUUGGAGUAACUGGUAAAGUUGUUGCCAUGUGAUCAGAAGGUCACGGGUUCAAGCCUUGAAAACAGCCCCUUGCAGAAAUGUAAGGUGAGGCUACGUACCGGGCUGCCUUUUUUUUGUUACAAUUCAUGUAAUAGUAUUUUAUUAUAAGAGUUAAUCCAUUUUUUUAAAAUUUUGAUUUUUUUUUUCGUUUUAUUAAAUAUAAUAAUCAAGCAUCGCCGAGUUUGAAUUUUUCAUAUAUUUGAACAACCAAGUUUAAUUAAUACCUUAUCAUACCAAAGUGGGAAAAUAGAAAAGAAAGAGGAAAAUACCAUAUCAUAUUAAAAGUAGGAAAAGAUUAAAAAUCUUUCAAAGGAGAAAUUCUAAGCACUUAAAUGAAAGCAAAUAGAAAAAAGUAAGCUUUAAAGAUGAAACAAAAGCCAAAUCUUUUCAAAGGUAUCUUUUUCCUUUUGUAUAAUUUGUUUUUUUUAUUGUGUUCUUGUAAUGUCAUUAUCUGCGUUUGCUCGUAUGACCUCGACUAUUUCCUGAUUUAAACUCUGCAUGCCAAAACUUUAGUUGACAAAGAAUGUGCACCAGACCACCCUUUGCUUUCCGUCCAUGUAAGACUUAGAUGGCGGAGCUGAAAAAUCGUACUACGUAAAGAAGGUCAAUUAUUUUUAUAUAUGUAUAUAUGGUAGAUGUUGAAUCUGGCUAAACUCUGCAUACCAAAACUUUGGUAAAGUUGCCGCCAUGUGACUAGGAGGUCACUGGUUUGGAAACAGUGGCAGAAAUGCAAGGUAAGGCGGUGUACAAUACACUCUUGUGGUGUGGCACGACCCUGCGCAUAGAGGGAGCUUUAGUACACCGAGCUGCCCUUUAUGUAUGUAGAUGUUGAGUUUGCUUAGUUUCUUUGUAUGUUUAGUUCGUUAGAGUUUGAGUUCCCUUGCUGAAAAUCCUGGCUUCACCACUUGCUUCAUUGCGCUAACCAAAAUUUUUGGAUUGUAGGGAAGAGAGUUGUGAAGCGUUCAAAGAAGAUGGAUGUUGAUGGGACGAUGGAAGUUCACUUGCAAGAAGAAAUAAUUAUGGAUAUUCUCAGUAGGCUACCGGUACUGUCUCUUCUACGAUUUAAAUGUGUUUCGAAGUAUUGGAUGACAUUGAUAUCCGAGCCUUACUAUACAUUGAAGCAUCUCAAUCAUGCGAAGAAUAACCAAAAUUCUCAAAAAAUUCUUGUUCUUCAUGGCGAGUUUCCCUUGCAUUGUUCUUCUUUGUCAUCGGCUUCUUUAUCGUCAGUUCGAUUGGCUGAGAAUGUACAAAAACUUGAUUGGCCUUCUAAUCCUAGACCAUGGAGGUUCAGAAUGUAUUGUUGUUACGAUGGCUUGGCUCUUAUCAAGUUACGUGAUUAUCCUCAGUACGCACGAGCCAUACUUUUGCUAUGGAACCCCUCCACGAGAGAAUCAAUAGUACUUCCUUGUACAGAAUUUUCACUGUCAAAAGAUUUUUCUUGCGGACUGGGAUAUGACUCGACUAGUGACGACUAUAAGAUCUUUAAGAUUGACGACACAGCACAUUGUGAAAUUCUCGCGCUGAAAAGUGGUUCCUGGAGGAAAAUUGAUAAACGUCCUGCUGGUGUUUUCCCUGUGUUGUCUGAUACCAAAGAUUCUCUAGCAUUUGUACAUGGCGCGUUUCAUUGGCUUGAUUCGUCACUGGGAAAAAUGUUGAUUUCAUUUAGUAUUUCAAAUGAGGUGUACGGAGAGAUACCGUUGCCGGAAGGAAUGUCCUUGGUUUUCAACAUGAAUCGCAUAAAUGGUGUUUCGGCAUUGGAAGGAAUGCUUUCUGUAUAUUCUACUCAUAUUCGUCGAGGGAUCCACACAUUGAAGUUAUGGAUACUGAAAGACUGCGAUGUCCAGGAAUCUUGGAAUCGAUUGUUUACCAUACAAGGUACCGAUCUUUAUUCAAUACCGAAAUACAAGUUUUCAGAUGGUGAAGUGUUACUCCGUUGCAGAGAUUUGGAAUGUGGUUCUGUAUUUAAGACAUCGAAAGAAUCAUCACGCUAAUGGCCUCAAUCUGUUUCGGAACCUAUUCAGGACGGCUUUGUUUAUACAGAAAGUAUGAUCUCUCCGAAAUUACUUGCUUAGUAUUUACUCAUCAAUUCUUCAACUUUCUGGUGCAGGGUAGUUGGAAGUUGUAGUAUUCUUUUUCUUGAAAUGUUACGUGCUUAAGCUGGCCCGAACAUUAUGGUUAUUCAAACAACUGUCUAUGAUCCGUGGGGAUCGUAUAUUAGUAU